AUGACACAAGGAAAUAACACUGACGUGACUGAAUUCUAUCUUCUCGGGUUUGGUGUCCAAUACAAGUUUAGGUAUGUCCUCUUCAUUGUAUUUCUACUGAUCUAUGCAACCUCCAUGGUGGGAAAUAUUGGAAUGAUCCUGCUAAUCAAGACAGAAUCCAGACUUCAAACACCCAUGUACUUUUUCCUACAACAUUUGGCUUUUGUUGAUAUCUGUUACACCUCGGCUAUCACUCCCAAGAUGUUGCAAAACUUUAUAGUCGAAAAUAAAACGAUACCAUUUUGGGGCUGUGUGAUGCAAUUAUUGGUUUAUGCAACAUUUGCUACCAGUGACUCUUACCUCCUGGCAGCUAUGGCUGUGGACCGUUAUGUAGCCAUCUGUAAGCCACUUCGCUAUUCCAUAAUUAUGUCCCGAACAGUCUGCAUCCAGUUGGUAGCGGGUUCAUAUGUUAUGGGCUCAAUAAAUGCCUCUGUACACACAGGUUUUACAUUUUCACGGUUCUUCUGCAAGUCCAACCACAUUGAUCAUUUUUUCUGUGAUGUUCCCCCAAUUCUUGCUCUUUCAUGCUCCAACAUUGACAUCAACAUCAUGCUACUAACAGUCUUUGUGGGAUUCAAUUUGGUGUCCACUGUGUUGGUUGUUAUCUUCUCCUAUAUGUACAUCGUGGCUGCCAUCCUAAGGAUGACUUCUACUGCAGGGAGGAAGAAAGCCUUCUCCACAUGUGCCUCCCACCUGACUGCAGUCACCAUCUUCUAUGGAACUCUCUCUUACAUGUACUUACAGCCUCAUUCUAAUAAUCCCCAGGAGAAUACGAAAGUGGCCUCCAUAUUUUAUGGCAUUGUGAUUCCCAUGUUGAACCCUCUAAUCUAUAGUUUGAGAAAUAAAGAGGUAAAAGAAGCUCUAAAAGUGAAGGGAAAAAGUUCAUUUAGAUUGGAUUCAAAUUUUUCAAAUUCGGCACAUCAAGUAUUCUGUAGAAAUGUAAUAUCACAACUGAAUAUUUCUGAAGUUAAAAACAUGUUCAGCUCUUAA